UGCGCUUGAUACAAGAUCCAUUGAAAGGUCAUUUGCACAGAGUUAGCGCCACAUUUAAACAGAGUUCAGAAGUCCAUAGGACUUGAGGAAUUCAGCUGCCAUUUGGCUUGGCAAAUGCAUGCUUGCCGAUUGCAGUGUUGUAUCCGUGAUAAGAGGGAUAUUCUGAAGUCUUUCUUGAGUUUGCUGAGGGCCCUUUUUUGAGCAACAUGUUCUGGAAAGUGGCGUGGGAGCAUGUCCAUCCGUUGGAUAGAAACAUCACCCACAGAAUGUUCUCAGACCUUAAAAUGAAUGGCAAAUACACGUCUGAAGGGCUAUGUGCGCUGUGCUGCAGUCAGGAAGCCCCACAGACUCUUCUGGGGUUGCAUCAGCCGAAGGAAGGGAGUGCCACACUGUUUGGCUUGCAUGAGUCGCUUGAUGCACAUGGCUACCAACGUGUGCUGGAAUCCGGCGAUCUAGCAAGCAUGGAGUCCUUCCUGCAGAGACUCUUGCAGAGCCACAAGCAUGACCUCUUGGAGAUUGUCCCUUGCCUGGCGCAGAUGUGCUUCGAGGAGAAGAAGGACUUUGACGAGGUGCUAUCAAUCAUGGGGCAAGAGAAGCUUCCAGGUUCGGCCUGCUCAUUAGGUUUCUCCCUUUUGACCAAAGAUUCACAGACCCAUGGCUGCAGCACUAUGUCACUUGGAAUGGAGCCACAACCACCUGCAGAAGAAGAGGAGAGUUCUACGAUGCCCUUGCACACAUGCUUGCCAUUCCAGCCUCUAUCUGGCUCAGCUAGUGGAGGCUUCCAGAUGACAUGGCUCGCAGAACCUGUGCCUUUGGGCCUUUGGCUGGGUGGUAGGCCCUGCGCUCCUUUGCGAGGCAGUUGUUUCGUUGCACCCUGCGGUGACAAUGGCAUUGUGGAUGUUGUCGCCAUUUUCCAGGAGCAUGAGGCACGAUUCCUGGGCGCUUUUAGCUACUGGGAUCCAGGUGUUUUGCUCUCCAUCACGCCAAGCCAUGGAACUGAGGGUACUGAAGUCCAGGUGAUCACGUCAGAGUUGGGCGCAGAGAUCUGUCAGGUUAACCUGGGAGGACAAAGGUGCGAGCUGCUGGGCAGGCCCUGUGGCACGGGGGCUCGCUUCCUCGUUCCUGCAAAUUUGGAUGGCUUGGUGGAAGUCCAACUCUUGGCGACGAACGGCAACGAGUUGAAGCGAGAGGAGGCUUUCACUGUGAUGGAGCGAUUGCUCUUUGGAGCGAUCGGUUGCUCCUUAAGUGCUUCGAACGGGAGCGCUACAGUGCGACGCACCACCGGUGUGAGCAACGGCGUUUGCAUCACCGCACGGCCACUCCGACAGCGAAACAUGCAGUGCACAUUUCGGCUUCGGAUCGACGAGAUGAGCAAUAAGGGUGGCAUUCGGGCACUAGCUGUCGGCUUCGCUGUGUUGAACAGCCUGGAUGUGAUGCCAUCUGGCCACACGCGACCCAAGGAAGCCACUGAUUUGAGCCGUGCUUGGCUUGUGGGCUAUGACAAAGGUGGCGCGCUCUUUUGCAGCCCGAACAGUGUGCAGAAGUUGCCCUCAGGUGCAUGGCGGCCAGCAACAGACUUGGAGGCUGGUGCGAUCCUUGAGAUUUCCUGGCGUCGGAACGAGAUUGUCAUUUAUCAAGACAAGAAGGAGUGCGCGUGCUUGCCAGUGCUGGAGGAGAAUGGACCAGGGAAAGAUGAGGAGAUCUAUGGAGUAGUGGACUUGAUCAGAACCUCGGAAAGACGCCGGCCACGAUGGUCAGCCAAGAGCACUGGGCAGAGGCAGGGUCCCGUGCUCUCAGCCACCUUGGUCAGCUGUGUGGACUGAAGCAAUGGAGGCGAAAGGCCUAUUUAAGAACUUUUGAGAGCACACAGAAUUCAGCUCUCUUUGGUCCCAAGCGUCCAUCGUUAAGAUUGCAGACCCAGCCCAGUUCAAGUUAAGAUUGGUGCUUGGACCUUGCAUGUUUUCGCUCAAGGCGACAUAACUUGGG